UCUAACACAAAAUGCACAACAAGGUCGACUCCUUACCGGUCAGAGCCAACCCACCAACCCGUCCCAUAUCUCGUCACCGCUCGGCCAGCGACAUCGUUCAUCGGGUCAAAGAAAGCCUCACAACAAGAGUCUCUAAACUCAUAUGUGGCAUUUUCUUAUCUCUUCUACUAUGUGUAGGCAUUGUCACUUUCAUCUUAUGGAUCAGUCUACGACCACACCGACCACGUAUCCAUAUCAGCGGGUUCUCCAUCUCGGGUUUGAGUCAAUCCAACGGGUUCGAGACCUCACAUAUAAGCUUCAAGAUAACAGCUCAUAACCCGAACCAAAACGUCCGCGUUUACUACGACUCCAUGCAAGGAUCCGUUUACUACAAAGAGAAACGGGUCGGCUCGACUAAACUCACUAACCCGUUUUACCAAGACCCGAAGAACACGAGCUUGAUCGAAGGAGCCUUACGUGGACCAACAAUGGCCGUAAAUAAAGACCGUUGGUUAGAGAUGGAACGAGACAGGAACCAAGGUAAGAUAGUGUUCCGUUUGGAGAUAAGGUCCGUGAUACGGUUUAAGGUUUACACAUGGCAUAGUAAGAGCCAUAAGAUGUACGCAAACUGUUAUGUUGAGGUUGGUUGGGAUGGAAUGUUGUUGAGUGGGACUAAAGACAAAAGAUGUCCGGUUUAUUUCACUUGAAUCAAAAGUGUAUCAUGUGCAUGUUUCCAUA